AUGAACCGCCCACUCAUCCGCAUCACCUCCGCCACCUUCCACCGCACCCCCACCUCCCCCGCCCUCUUCCCAAACCUGACCCUCACCCUCCCGCCCCUCACCGCCUCCCCGCAAACACAGAAAUGGACCAUCCUGGGCCCGAGCAAGACGCUCCUCCUCUCCAUCCUCUCGGGCACCCACACGCCGCGCGACCCACAGUCGCGGACCUACCCUGCCCUUGCGGCGCACGCAAAGUGGCCGCAGGACGCAAUCGGGCUUGUCUCUUUCGGCGCAGGCGCACGGACGGGCAUGCUGGCGGGCGGCACGGACGGCGAGGGGUAUGCGGCGUCGAGGUAUGAGUCGCUGAGGGAGGAGUUUGAUCUUACGCUGCGGCAGUGGCUCGAGGGGCCGUGGAGGUGGGGAGGAAUCCAGAGGAGGAGGGAGGCGGUGGGGCAGGUGGCGGAGAGGUUGCAGUUGGGGGCGCUGAUGGAGCAGAGUGUUAUGACGCUGUCGAACGGGCAGGCGAGGAGGGCGAGGAUUGCGCAGGCGCUGUUGAGGCGGCCCGAGGUGCUGCUGGUGGAUGAGCCGUUUAUGGGCCUCGACCCAAUUGCAAAGCGCCAGAUAUCAUCACUCCUCGACGGCAUCUCCCGCCCCGACGUCCCCUUCGCGGCACAGGUCGUGUGUGGUCUCCGCCUCCAAGACGCAGUCCCGAAGUGGAGCACGCACCUCGCAUACGUGGCCGACAACCAGGUGCACGCCAUUGGGGAGAAGAACGCCGUCGUCGAGGAGAUGGCGCGGAAGGGGCUCAAGAUCCUCCAGGAGGGCGAGAAGGGGCAGGGAGGGCUGCUGGAGAAGGUCUGGGCGGGUGUGGAUGUGGAGGAUGGGGGCAAAGAGGAAGGGAAAGGGGGGGUUAAGGAGGAGAAGAAGAGGGAAGAGAUGAGGGAGGAGGACCUGCCGGAGAAGCUGAUUGAGAUGAAGGAUGUGCGGAUUGCGUACUAUGGGAAGGAGAUCUUGAAGGACUUUUCGUGGACAAUUCGAAGAGGGGAGAGGUGGGGGCUGUUUGGGCCGAAUGGCUCCGGCAAAACAACCCUAACAUCCCUCAUCACCUCCGACCACCCGCAGACCUACUCCCUCCCCAUCACGCACUUCGGCAGAUCCCGCCUCCCCACCGCCGGCACUCCCGGCGUCCCUGUAACGGAGCUCCAACGCCGCAUCGGCCACUCCUCGCCCGAGAUCCACGCCUUCUUCCCCCGCCACCUGUCGCUGCGGCGCGCUGUGCUCAGCGGGUACGCCGACGCGCCGCUAUCAGCGCCCGUGCUCACGCCUAAGCAGCGGGAGGAGGCGGAGCGAUGGAUGAGGCAGUUUGAUGACGUUGUGGGAGGUGCGCAGGGGUGGGAAGGGAGUUUUGGGGACGCCGGGCUGAGCGUGCAGAGGUUGGUGUUGUUUUUGAGAGCGGUGGUGCCGAGGAGGGAUGUGCUGGUUAUGGAUGAGGCGUUUUCGGGCAUGGAGGUGGGGGUGAGGGAUCGGUGCUUGAGGGUGCUGGAGGGGGUGGAGGGCGUGGCGGUCGUGGUCGUGAGUCAUGAGGGGGGGAGCUGCCGAGGGGGGUCAGUAGGUGGGUGA